AUGUCUAAUUAUCAUUGCUUUGUUUCUUCAGCUACAGAACCUUGGCCAGAAAAUGCUACAUUAUAUCAGCAACUGAAAGGGGAGCAAAUUUUGCUUUCUGACAAUGCAGCUUCUCUUGCUGUGCAGGCCUUUUUGCAGAUGUGUAAUCUGCCUGUCAAAGUGGUUUAUAGGGCAAAUGCAGAAUAUAUGUCUCCAUCUGGUAAAGUACCUUUUAUUCAUGUGGGAAAUCAAGUAGUCUCAGAACUUGGUCCAAUAGUCCAAUUUGUUAAAGCCAAGGGCCAUUCUCUUAGUGAUGGGUUGGAUGAAGUCCAAAAAGCAGAAAUGAAAGCUUACAUGGAAUUAGUCAACAAUAUGCUGUUGACUGCAGAGUUGUAUCUUCAGUGGUGUGAUGAAGCUACAGUAGGGGAGAUCACUCAUGCUAGGUAUGGAUCUCCUUACCCUUGGCCUCUGAAUCAUAUUUUGGCCUAUCAGAAACAAUGGGAAGUCAAACGUAAGAUGAAAGCAAUUGGAUGGGGUAACAAGACUCUGGAUCAGGUCUUAGAGGAUGUGGACCAGUGCUGUCAGGCUCUUUCUCAAAGACUAGGAACACAACCAUAUUUCUUCAAUAAACAGCCUACUGAACUCGAUGCACUGGUAUUUGGUCAUCUAUAUACCAUUCUAACCACACAGUUGACCAAUGAUGAACUGUCUGAGAAGGUCAAAAACUAUAGCAACCUCCUGGCUUUCUGUAGAAGAAUUGAACAGCACUAUUUUGAAGAUCGUGGUAAAGGCAGGUUGUCUUAGAGAUAUGUUAGUUAUUAUUUCUUUAAAGAUCUGAUUUUUGAAAUAUGUGUUACUUGAUAGAUAUAAUAGAUAUUGAUAUCAGAAUUUUAAACGAAAACCAAUUUUUUGAAACCUCAAAACAAAUUAUAUAAUGUAUCCUGUACAUGUUCUUUGUACUGUUAUUUGUGUACUGUUAUUGAACUAUUUCAUUUGACAUAUUGUACUCUACAUCUUGAAGUUUUUGUUCCCUUAUAAACAUAUAAAAAUAAAGCUUAAACAACUGUACAGUUGUUAUAUUUACUUUCCUUUGAUCUUUCUGAAGUUGUUCACUGGGCUUUAUAUAUAUGGAAUAAACAGUGUCUUUUCUACAGCAAGUAUUUGGUGUUACAUACUCUUGAGAUUACUUCACUAGAUACAUGAUGAUGAAACUGGUCAUGUGAAAAAUGUUCUUCACAUCUAAAUUGAAUUGAAGAACAUUUCAUCAGAGCAGCUAUGACUUAAUUUGAUAAAAGAAUGGGUUGAAGGACCUUAUUUCUUUUGAGACAAGAAUAUUUUAAUAAUGCUCUUUUAUUUCUUUUUUGGAAAAGGAAGGAUAGUUUUCACAGAAGUAUUGGUGAGGAUUUAUAUAUAGACAUUAAGAAUUAUAUGUUGUGCUUGUCUCAAAUUUUCUAAUAUUUUGUUUUUGAUAAAACCAGUGAUGCCAUAAAGAUUUAAAAAUUUUGUUAAAAAUGUCUAAAUAGUGGUACUUUCAUAUUUUCUUCUUUAAGUACCAGGGAUUUUUGACUGAUUUAACCCUUAAAAAAAUGCUAUCAUGGUUGUCCCCAGUUUACAAAUAAGGAAGUGGAGACACAGACAGGAUAAUACCUUGCCCCAAGGAUAUAGUUUGUAAAUGGUUGAGUUGGAAUUCAAACCCAGGCAAUCUGAUAUCAAUUGGCUUCCUUUGCCUUUUUUUUCCUCUUAAGAUUAUAGAUUUAUACGAUAUAAAGGAUAUAUUAGGUUCUUCUUGUCAAAACCCCACAUAAACUUUGAGUACUCUGUGAACUAUAGUGCUAUCACUAGCUUUUCUGGAAUAAUUUUGUAAUGUGUAAUAUUAAAAUUAAAAAGUCCCUUGUUACCUGUGUUUUUGCAAUUUUUAUAACUGGUCUUUGUUUAGAUGGUUUGCAUAUAAUGCAUUUCUUUUACUAUUGCAAUCACAUUUAUUUAAUUGGAUAAAUAUUAUACCUUAGUUUGCCGAGUUUAAUUUUUUUUCUUUUUGAGUUUUUUGCAUAAUUAUACCAUAUCACCAGGGGUUGUGAUAUUUUAAUCUUAAUGAUUACACUUGGCUGUAUUCUUAUUGUAAUAUGAGGAACAUUGGUAAACAUUGGUUACUUAUUCUAAGAUAAGGUAUUUAUAUUUAAUAUAUGUGGAUCACUCAGAGAGGGCUUAUUUUUUCCUAGUGUUGAGGAAUUACUGUCAAAAUCAAAUGCAUUAGAAAGUAGAAAAUUGUAUGUCCUAUUUUGAUGAUUCAGUUUCUUGCAUUUAUUCUUUAAAUCCUUCAUCUUUUAAAUCUGAGUCUAUAAAGCCAAAUCAUAAUAGCUAAAAAUUAUCAUUGAAAAGCCACUGUGGGACAAGAGUUAAAUGUUUUUUACUCUCAAAGUACUUGUAUAUAUGUUGUGAAUUUCAAGAUAAGUAGCAUGUAUCCUAUGUAAAUAAAAAUUUAAAUCAUAA